GUCAUUCUCCAACUUCCGUCACAUUUGAGAAAACAAAUAUAGCUGAUUGAAUCAUGAGACAUAAUCGCGUCAAAUGUGAAUGCUGUCUAAAUGCUUGUCCCUUCAUUUCUUAAUGUAAUCCAAACAUGCGUCAAAGCAGUCGAGUAAAUGCUUUCUCAGUGGGUUGCCAUGUCAAUGAAGGUCAACAAAGAAAGCUAUCCAGUCCUUUGAUCAUUUUGAAAGGCCCCUUUCAUGCCGUAUUCACCCAAAAUGGCCACGGGCAUUUUGAAAUGGGAGGACAGUCUGGCCACCAACAUUCUUCUCAUCGACAUCCAUAAGAAGACAAUCAAGAAGAUCCUAGACAAUCCGGAUGUGAAGCGGGACCUGGGCAAGGACAGUUGGAAGGACACUCCUGCUCCACUUCACUUGGCAUCAGCUGCCGGGAAUGUGGAAAUCAUGGCCGUACUCAUCAGCGCAGGGGCCAAUGUCAACAGUUAUGCCGUGGGGAUUGGUGCUUGGUUGACGCCUCUUCAUCAUGCGGCCUUUCAAGGUCACGUGGACGGGGUCAAAUUGCUUCUCAAAUGCGGAGCUGAUCAUACUUUAGAAGGCUUUCAGGAUGCACUGAAAGGCACUGCUUUAGAGUUUGCCAAAAAGAAGGAAAAUAAAGCCAUUGUUGACCUUCUUGAAGCAGCCAGAAGAUUUCCUCCCAAAAAAGUGGACCCCAAUGACUUGGAUCUCCGGCGAUUGAGUAUCCAAUUAUAACUGCGAAAUAAAAUGAUUAAAGGCUCAAAAUUGUUCUUUACUUGUCGAGAAGGUAAACUUUGCGGUUUCGGAAUAAUGCCAUGAAGGAAAGGACACUGUUGCUUCAUAGAAAAGAGAGUUGAUAGU